AUGGAGCUGCACUCAAGCACCUCACCGCGGGCAGAUCCGCGCACGACAGGCGUGGUGUCACAGGCGGGUGAGCAACCUCGGAAUCGUAGCGGUGAUGUCAACACGCAGCUUUCGAGGGAGUCGUCCAACACCAACACCACGACGCCCGAGGUUCUCGAGGAGAAAGAUGCGGAGACGCCACCACUCCCGGAAGGCGAUGGUAUUGAGAAGGCUGUGUCGGUCAAGAGCAGUCGGCCACAUGCGGGACAGGGCCAGUACAAUUAUCCCAACGACAUUGUCGACUUCGAUGGGCCAGAUGAUGCUGAGAACCCGAAGAAUUUCUCCAACGCGAAGAAGUGGGCGAUUACGGCGUCGAUGGGCUGGAUGACGUUCGUCGUAACGUUCAGUAGUAGCAUUUUCAGCGUGGCUGUCGAGCCUGUGUCACAAGAAUACGGCAUCUCGCGUGUGGUGUCAACCCUCGGCGUGUCGCUAUUCCUCCUGGGCUUUGUGUUCGGACCGAUCAUUUUCGGCCCUGCGAGUGAAGCCUAUGGCCGACGAAUCCCGCUGUUCGUCGGCUACGCCCUCUUCGGCAUCUUCAAUGUCCCCGUUGCCGUGGCCCGCAACGUCGAAACCAUCAUGCUGGGUCGCUUCUUCGGGGGAUUUUUCGCGUCUGCACCUUUGGCGAUCGUCGGUGGCGCCCUUUCCGACAUCUGGGACCCCAUUCCUCGCGCAUACGCCAUCUGCAUUUUCGCCGCCGGUGCGUUCACCGGUCCCGUCGCCGGCCCCAUCAUCGGCGGCUUCGUGACGCAGUCCCAUCUCGGCUGGCGCUGGACCUCUUGGAUCACACUCAUCAUGACAGCGCUGUUCGGCAUCAUCGGCCUCUUCUGCAUUCCCGAGACCUCCGCACAGAGCAUCCUGCUCGCGAAAGCGAAGCGGCUGCGCUACCAAACGCGCCACUGGGCGUUACACGCUCCCAUAGAGGAGACGCCGUUGGACGCACACCGGCUCAUCACCGUGUACCUGGUGCGGCCCUUCGUCAUGCUGGUCCAAGAACCGAUCCUCUCGCUCAUGACCGCGUACAUGAGCUUCCUGUACGGCGUGCUGUAUCUGCUCUUCGCCGCCUACCCCGUCACCUUCCACGAAGAGCGCGGCUGGAACAUCGGCGUCGCCAGCCUGCCCUUUGCGAGCUUCAUCGUCGGCAUCGCCAUGGGCGCCGGCAUGAUUGCGUACUCGACGCGCACCAACUUCACGCGGGCGUUUCUCAAGCAUGGGCGCGCGAUGCCAGAGGAGCGGCUGCCGCCCAUGAUCGUCGGGGCGGUGGCGCUGCCCGUCGGGCUGUUUUGGUUUGCCUGGACGAGUAAUCCGAAUAUUACGUGGGUGCCGCAGGUGUUGAGUAGUGCGCUCAUUGGGAUGGGGAUGCUGGUGACGUUUUGGCAGGGUGUCAACUACAUCAUCGAUUGCUAUGGCUUCUACAGUAAUUCUGCGAUUGCCGUGAACACAUUUAUCAGGAGCAUCGCUGGAGCAGCCUUUCCGCUCUUCACGUGGGACAUGUACCAUGGCUUGGGGGUGGCCUGGGCGACGAGUCUGCUGGCGUUCCUGUGCGCAGCCUUUGCGCCGGUGCCGAUCCUGUUUUACAUCUAUGGCGAGAAAAUUCGGGCCAAGAGUCGCUAUAAGCCUGCGUGA